AUGCCGCCCGACGCGCCAGCGCGCGCGGGCUCGCGCCCUCCGUCGUCGUCCUCAUCCUCCGCGUCGUCCGCGCCCGGGCUAAACUCGGGGGCCGGCGCGCGCGCGGCGAGAGUCUCCAUCGAGUUCGGCGGCUUCGGUGGUGCUCGCGGCGACGCGUCCGCGCUCGUCGGGGGAUGGACGCCGUCGACGUCGUCGUCGUCGUCGUCGCUCGCGGGUCCGCGUCAUCCGCGUUCGCCGCCGACGUCGAGGGAUUUCGCGCGCGGGCUCGCGCAUCGCGCGUCCGCGCCGCGCGCGAGCGGCGGGGGCGUCUCGACGACGCGCUCGAGCGACGGCGACGGCGGCGCGAGAUCGCGCGUCGCCUCCCCCGGGGCCGCCGCCUCCCCAUCAUCCCCUUCGAGCCCUUCCCCUUCCUCGGACGACGGCGUCUUGAUCGCGGAGAGCCGCUCGAACCCCGGCGUCGCGGUCGUCUACCGCUCGCGCGCGACGCGCGACGCCGCGCCCGAGCGCCUCGACCUCGACCGACGCGGUCUGACGGCGUGCGCGGAGAUCGAGGGCGAGGUGCGUUCUGUACAAAAGUUUUUCACCCAUUGUCCGGUUUCAACAUUUGAUCGCAUCCCCUUUCAACUGACCGGUGAACUGUUUUUGUAUGGAAUGGCCCUCUGUCAUCAGCAUCGACUUCGCUUGCUCAACUACCAACACAACCGCAUUCGAUCCAUCGAGCGCAUGGAGCGCACGCGCGCGCUCGUCUUCUUAGACCUCUACGACAACGCGCUGCGGAGCGUCGACGGCCUGGACGCGGUGCCGGGGCUGCGCGUGCUCAUGCUCGGGAGGAACGAGAUCCAGGUCGUCGACGGGCUGUCUCGGCUGACGCGUCUGGACGUGUUGGACCUCCACGACAACGAGGCGCGUUCUCCGUUCUCCUCAUCGCACCGGUCCCCAUACGACCGCAUUCACGAUCUCAAAGGGCUGCGACGCGGCGAAGGCGGCGAAGCGCUGCGAUCGCUUCGCGUGUUGAACCUCGCGGGGAAUCGCGUCCGCGAGAUCGGCGACUUGAGCGCGCUAGAGGGACUCGCGGAGUUGAAUCUGCGCAGGAACGUCGUCUCGCGUCUCGGCGACGACGACGGCGGCGGCGGCGUCGGGGGCGCGGAGCCGACGCGUCUGCCCCCGAACCUGCAGCGCGUGUUCCUCAGCGGUAACGCGCUGAGAACGUUCGACGCGUUGACGCCGCUGCGCGCGCUUCGAAGGCUGACGGAGGCGUCCGUCGACGGGAAUCCGUUCGCCGAGCGCGGAGACCUCCGCGGCGACGGCGGCGGCGGCGCGGCGGCGGUCCGAAGGCGCGUCCUCCUUACACUGGUCCCCAUACGACCGCGUUGCGUGGUGAACGCCGAUCCUUAA